AUGACCGUCGAGACCGCGGUUGAACAUGCGAAACGCGCCUUUGCGCUCAAGAAGUACGAACAAGCGGCGGAGCUUUACGCUGUAGCUCUAGAAAUUCAAACCGAACAGGUUGGCCAAGACGCACCCGAGACAGCCGACCUCUACUUUUCCUAUGGGCGCGCUCUGCUCGAGAACGCAAUUGCACAGAGCUCGGUUCUUGGGAAGGAGCAAACCGACGAGGCAUUGGAGGAUCCGUCUAAAGAAGCAGGCUCCAACGGCGCCUUUAUAUCAUUUUCAGGGGAUGCGGAGGAGGAGGACGAGCCCAUGGCAGAGUCUGAGGAUAAACCUGUGGACCUGUUUGCUGAGGCGGCGAAGGAUGUUGAGGCAGAAGACGCGAAGGAGGAACAGGAAGAAGACGAUGACGCGGAGCCCGAAGACGACUUCAACGCCGCUUGGGAGGUUCUCGAACUCGCUCGCGCGAUAUAUGCCAAAGGCAAAGAUGCCGACGACGAGAUAAAACUCAAGCUCGCGGACACGUACAUCACUCUCGGAGACGUAUCGCUUGAGACAGAGAAAUUUGACCAAGCGAUCUCCGACUAUCGAGCGGGGCUCGCGCUGAAAGAAGAGUUGCUCCCUCUUUCGUCGCGCCAACUAGCAGAGGCGCACUACAAGCUCAGUCUCGUGCUCGACAUGACUUCCGGGAAGCUGUCGGAAGCCAUCGUGCACGCUCAAAGGGCCCUAGACAGUACCGAAGCGCGUCUGACCGAAUUGCGCGACCGUUUACAAAAAGGCGACCAGCCCCCUCCGACACUAGAUGAAGCACCUGCGGACCCGAAGGGCAAGGGGAAGGCCAAGUGGACGGGACAGGCUCUCGUCAAGGAUUCGGUAGACAAGAUGAGCAAGAGCCAGGUCGAAGCUGAAAUAAGGGAGCUGAGCGAGCUCAAGGAAGACCUCGCAUUGAAGGUCGAGGAAUUGGGCCAGCUACCCGCCGAAACCACGGGGGCGGAAUCAGCGCCGGAGUUAGUGGCCAAAGUACUAGAUCGGGAGCUGAACACCGGAUCAGCAUCAACUGGCGCGCCCGCCCAGGUCAACGACCUGACGUCGAUGGUCAAGAAGAAGAAAAAGGAACCCGCCGCCAAUGGCUCUGGGAAGCGGAAAGCAGACGACGACGCGGGCAGUCCGUCCGACAAAAAGGCAAAGCUGGAAGAUGAUGCCGCUUCGUGA